UUAGGGGCAGAAGCCUCCGCUUACGGAGCGCGAGAGAGUCCAUGACGGUCCCGGCGGCUCCAGGGCUAGAGAUGACGGCUCUUGGGACGGGGCGGAGUCCCGGCCGCAGCGGGCGUUGGGCAGUGCGGGGAAGUGGGAAUCGUUGGGUUCGUCCCGGACGCGGCGCCCCAUGGCCCAGGCAUCUCGCUCUGGUGGCCUUCUGCCUCCGCUUCCUACCCUGCCGCCGUUGAGGGCGCAACCCGGAGGCGCCGUGGAGGAGCAGUGGGAGAGAAGGCAGGCGGGGACUCCUGGCGGGGACUUUCGUGGCUGGUCGUGGCUGCCGGUUGCCGGGAGCAUCCCCUGCCUAGACCCGCGGCCCGGUGGAGCCCGGGGAGGGCGGCCGUGUUGGGCGGCGCCGGCGAACGCCAGAGAGCACCAGGACGAGGGCGCGGCGGACUGGUGGCGGGAGGCUGCAGCGGGCCGCCCGAUCCCUCCCACGCUGCAGCGUCUUCGGGCAGUGUUGCUGCGGCUUCAUCGCGAGCGGGAGCGGCUCCUCCAAGCCCGGGACUGCGCCCGCCACCUACAGGCAGCCGUGCGCCUCCUGAGGAUCAUGAGUGCAAGCGCGCCGGGCCCCGACCCCGGCCCCUGGCCUCAGCUGUGCCGCGACCUGCUACUGCACCCCUCCCGAAGAGCUGUGCUGCAAAUCGGCCUACGGGAGACUCCCGUACCGUUACUCCUGGCGCGCCCUAUCGGACUGGCGGCCCAGCGCCUGGAUGCUGCCAUCGAGAUGCAGCUUCGGGCUCUGGGUCGGGAGGCGGCCAGCCCCGGCUUGUCUUCCCAACUUGCCGACGUGCUGCUAGCGCUUCCCGCCUACCACCAGCUGCAGGAAAAAGCCUUGAGCCAUGUCCCUGGGGCAGCGCGCCCUUUCCCGCCGGCCCGUGUGCUCCGCCUCCUGACGGGGGAGCGGGGUUGCCAGGUGGCGGGUCAGCUAGGUGAGGCGCUCAAGGGAGCGGGCUUGCGGGAUCAACUCCGCAGUCGGUGCCAAGAAGAGCGGGAGCUGCUGCCGGGGCUGCUGGGGCUGCUGGGGGGUGUGGCAGAUUCAGCCACCAGUGGACCGGGGCUUGAAGGGGCUGGAGCCCUGUGGAGCCGGUACUGGACCCUGCUGUGGGCAGCUUGUGCUCAGAGUCUGGACCUAAGUCUAGGACCCUGGAGGGACCGCAGGGCAACGGCACAACAGCUGAGUCAGGCACUGGGUCAGGCAUCCCUGCCUCAGGAGUGUGAGAAGGAGUUGGCUUCUUUGUGUCGCAACCUAUUUCAUCAGUCUCUUACCUGGAGCUGGGACCAAGGCUUCUGCCAGGCCUUGGGAUCUGCUGGUGAAGAUCACAGCAGCCUUGCCGCAUCCUCUCAUACCACCGAACUUUUGCAACAGCUCUUCCCUCCUCUCUUGGAUGCCCUUCAAGAACCCAGGUCAGGGCUGCUCCUCUGUCAGCCUCCAGGUCCCGCACCACUUGCUCUGGGGCUCUGUACCCUGCAGACCACCUUGGUCUGGUUUCUGGGCAAAACUCAGCAGCAUCUGGCAGCGUGGGCCCCAGGUUCCUUCCUGGUCCUGAUCCAGAAGAACUUACCUCCUCUAUUGCAUGAGGCAGCAGCUCUGUCUAGACUGGCAGCAGAGGAAAGUUUGGGCCUGGAAGUGGAGCAGCAACUGGGCCUGGAGAUCCAGAAGCUAACUUCGCAGUUCCAGCUCCUGCCUGAGGAGUCACUAAGUCUCUUUUUUCAAGAAUGUCAUAAACAAGCCACACAGGGCUUUGAAAUCUACAUGCCACGGGGUCGGUACUGGCGGAAUCGUCUCUCUCCGGAACUCCCCAGCAUUCCUAGUGAGUAUGCUGGGUUGGUGGUUCGCACUGUCCUGGAGCCUGUGUUGCAAGGAUUGCAGGGAUUGCCACCGCAAGCGCAGGCCCCUGCCCUUGGCCAGGCACUGACAGCCAUCCUGGGAGCCUGGCUUGACCACAUCCUGGCGCACGGGAUCCGGUUCAGCCUGCAGGGGGCGCUGCAGCUUAGACAAGACUUUGGAGUGGUCCGCCAGUUGUUGGAGGAGGAACAGUGGGGCCUGUCCCCGGAACUUCGCCAGACUCUGCUCACGCUCAGCAUCUUCCAGAGGCUGGAUGGUGCCCUGCUGUGUCUAUUCCAGCAGCCCCUGCCUAAGUCUGAGGUCCAGAGGAGGCCUCCCUGUUGCUGUACAUGCAAUGAAGUCCAGUCCAUCGAACUGCCCAGCAGCAGCCUUAACAGCCUAGAAAGCUUGGAGCCCCCUCUUCGGCCUGGAGCACCCCCAGCCCAGACAGCUCAGCUGCUAAGCACACUGUGGGGAGGGGGACCUAGCCCAGAGGCUUACCUGGUGGGAAAUCAGCAGGCCUGGCUGGCCCUGAGGCAGCACCAGCGCCCGCGUUGGCACUUGUCUUUUCUUUCCUGCUUGGGGAUCAGUCCUGAAUCCUAAGGAGCCUAGCACCAGGAGCCACAAAG